UGGCGCCGGUUUUUCAUGCUGUCAGCUGUAUGUCGAUUUGACAGAGAUUAUGAUUAUUGAAUCUGAAGUAUUAUUUUCUGAAUGUUUAUUUUUUAAUUUAUAAUUUAUACAUGUUCAGUGCUCACUAAACGUUUAUUAAGAGUGUAGUUGUAAUUUAUACGUAUUUUACAAUGAGUGACGACGACCAUUACACGGAAAUAGAUAUCUCUGAUGUCAUAGAUGAUUCCGAAAAUUAUUUUGAAAAUGAAAAUCAAUCUGAAAUAAUCGAAACUGAACUGAACAGUAUUCAAAAUUCUGAAAUAUUUAACUCCGAAGAACAAAUACCUCCAGAAAAAAAAAUUCAAAAUGCUAAAAGUGAGCCUGUGGUAAGAAGCACUAGGUUGCCAAUGGCUAGAAUAAAAAAUAUAAUGAAGAUGGAUCCUGAUGUUCACAUAGUGAAUGCUGAAGCUGUAUUUUUAGUAACUAAAGCUACGGAAAUGUUUCUGGAGUCAAUAGCAAAAGAGACAUUUACAUACACAACACAUCACAAAAGAAAAACAAUAUCCAAGAAGGAUCUCGAUGUGAUCAUAAAUAAAGUGGACUGUUUGUGUUUUCUAGAAGGUGCUAUGGACUUUUAAACGUAAGAUUAGAUGUAAUUAAUAAAAAGGAAUCAUAAUAUGAAAA